AUGUUCAGGAUCCCCUGGAUACACAAACUCAUACCCGAGCUGGAGAAACUUGCAGCUGAAUAUCACAUCGGAAACUACGUGGUGAUUAGGGCAACUGGGGAGAGGGUUUUUGAAAGUAUGCCAAUUUAUGCAAGAAUUGGCAUGCAUCUUUUGUUUUACGGCAAAGGGCAGAUUCUCCUCUUAGGAACUGAGACCGUUGCACACUUCUUGAAACGACUAUCAAUUAAACAAGGCAAGAUCUACGACAGUCCCCAAUCCGUGGCUUCCAUUCCCUCCUUUGUCAAAACGUACUCGCUUUCGCUCAAAGAGCUGUUGGAACCCGACAUCAAGAAAUACAGCUGUUUCAACGAUUUCUUCUCUAGGAAACUAAAGCCAGACGCCCGUCCGGUACAAAACGCCCAAGAUCCCCUUGGGAUAUGCAGCGCAGCCGAUUGCCGCCUUGUCGUGUAUCAGACCUUCGACCUAGCCCGGGAGUUUUGGGUGAAAGGGCGCAACUUUACUGUUCCCGAGCUGUUGGAUGUUCCCCCCACCUCCGACACGGCUAUCACUUUCGAUGGUUCGAGUAUGGCGAUAUUCCGGCUGGCGCCUCAGGAUUACCAUCGCUUCCAUUGCCCAAUUGAUGGCAUGAUCGAUGGAGAGCCCAUCAAUAUUCCGGGACAAUACUACACAGUCAACCCGCAAGCAGUAAACCAGCCUUCGUUUGACGUAUUCACGGCAAACGUCCGGUCGAUAAUAUACAUGACACAUGAGCCAACUGGGAAGAAAGUGGCUUUCAUUGCUGUUGGCGCGUUAUUAGUGGGCAGUGUCGUCUGGACGUACGGAGGAGAUGCGGAUGAUAAGAAAGGGGGGAAGGAAUUGGGGUGCUUCAAGUAUGGCGGCAGCACCAUCGUGGCGUUGUUUGAGAGGGGAUUAUUAGAGUUUGAUGCUGAUCUUAUAAAGAAUUCAGAAGAGGCACUUGAGACGCUGGUGAAGGUAAAGUUUUUUUCGCUUUCAUUUGCCGUGUGA